AAAGUCAUAAAAUCACUCGAAGAAAUAAAGCGCGAAGAGAGUUCCCCCUCUCGCGUGCAGCUCAUACGCUUCAUACGCUUCAUACGCUUCAUAUCGCCAAUCGCCACGGCUUCGUCAUUCGUCAUAGAUUCAGGUCCCAAGUCGCAGUGGAAGGUGGUAUAUACGCUUCGCCUGCACGUCACGUCGACAACGCGACGAUCACUGACGAUCACUGACGAUCACGCAAUGGCGAUGGAAAAGAGAGCGUGUUCCGGACCGGGUUACAGGAGUCCGAGAGCGGCGAUGCUCGAGGGAGCACGCGAGAAGCUUCUGUACGUCAUCGGCAUACAUACGGAUCCUGAGAAGGCCGAUGUCCUCUGCACGGUGGACGUGGAUCCUGAUAGUCCUACGUUCUGUCAGAUAAUACACAGAUUGAGAAUGCUGGCCGUUGGCGACGAGUUACAUCACUCUGGCUGGAACAUUUGUAGCAGCUGUCACGGAUCGUCCCGCAAACGCGACACGCUAGUGUUGCCCUGUCUCAUGUCGGACCGGGUGUACCUGAUUGAUACGAGCGACGAAAAAAUGCCCAAGAUCAAGAAGGUAUCGAGAUCUCAUACGCGUACCAACUCCUAUGCGUUCCAACUCUUUCGCAUACGAGUUCUGGAACCUGAAGAGAUGCACGAGUACGGGAUAUCUACGCCGCACACUUCCCACUGCCUGCCAACCGGCGAGAUAAUGAUCUCCACCAUGGGAAAUCUCAAUGGCGACGGAUUGGGCGAAUUUUUCUGCAUAGACGCGGAGACCCUGCGAGCGAAAGGCACGUGGACCAGGGGCCACGAAAGAGCAGCUUUCGGAUACGAUUUUUGGUAUCAACCGUAUCACGAUACGCUCGUCGCUACGGAGUGGGGUGCACCUAGAGUCUUUAAGAAGGGAUUCAUUCCAGAGGACGUUCACGAUACCAAAAUCUAUGGGAGAACCUUGAAUUUUUAUUCGUGGAACGAACGAAAGCUGAAACAGACCAUCGAUCUGGGAGAUGACGGAAUCGCCCCACUUGAAAUAAGAUUUCUUCACGAUCCUUUGGCGGCCGAAGGAUUCGUAGGUUGCGCGGUAACGUCGAAUAUUUAUCGGUUUUACAAGACGGAGGAUAACUCGUGGAAAGCCGACAAGGUGAUCCAGGUGCAACCGAAAAAAGUCGACGGUUGGAUCGCGCCUUUAAUGUCAGGUAUGAUCACCGACAUUCUGCUGAGUCUGGAUGACAAGUAUCUGUACCUGUCCAAUUGGUUGCACGGUGACGUUAGACAAUAUGACAUCUCCGAUACGAAAAAUCCAAGAUUGACUGGUCAGAUCUUCCUAGGAGGAUCGAUACUGAGCGAUUCGCAAGUGCGUGUGAUAGGAGACGAGGAAAUGAGCGGUCAGCCCGAUCCGGUCUAUGUCAAAGGGCGUAGAUUGUAUGGUGCGCCGCAAAUGUUGCAGUUAAGCUUGGAUGGACGUCGUUUGUAUGUGACUACGUCGAUCUUUAAGCCAUGGGACAAACAGUUUUAUCCCAAUCUUCUCAAAUAUGGAUCAACUAUGGUAAAACUUGAUAUCGAUGUUGAGAAGGGCGGAAUGAAACUGGACCAUCGUUUUCUCGUUGAUUUCGGCGUGGAUAGGAGUGAUAUUUUACUGGCGCAUGAAAUGAGAUAUCCUGGUGGCGAUUGCACUUCCGAUAUAUGGCUGGCAGAGAGACCCUAACUUUAACGAGUGGACUGGAGGAUAGAAUCAAAGACAUCUCAAUAUCUACGAAAAUAGUGAUGCAGUAGUUUAUCUUAUAACACAUCGUGGCACGAUGUUUUUUUUUUCAAUAAAAUUUCUCAAUUCUUUCAUCUAGAAAA